AUGGCGCCGUCCAGAGCAACCCUCAUUCGCCGCAUGACCUCCGCAUGCGUGCAACCCCGGAUCCGCGUCCACGCCAGCACGCGUCUGCUCUCGACACCAGCAACGGUAGUCAGACCUCAGUGCAUUCAGGCGACCGCAUUGCCGCAGUUCCAGGCUACGCGUACUUCAGCACGACCGUAUAGUGCGCAAGCAAGCGGCGCACCGCAACCACCAGACUUCCUAAACGAGGCCGAACUACAUGUCUUCAACAAGAUCAAGGGAGAGCUGGAGCCUACAAAACUCGAGGUCCAAGACAUCAGCGGCGGCUGCGGCUCCAUGUAUGCGAUCGAGAUUGAGUCGCCGAAAUUCAAGGGCUUGACUGUGAUUAAGCAGCACAAGCUGGUCAACCAGGUGCUGAAGGAGGAGAUUGCACAGUGGCAUGGUGUUCAGCUGCGGACGAGAGCGCCGUAG